AUGAAAAUUAUCAUACUCUUUGCUGUUCUCGUUACAUUCACUAGCUCGGUAAUUGCAAAUUUCAUACAACAACGACCGCCAAUUCCUGUGAUUAUUGACACAGAUGGUGAUUUCGACGACUUUCUUGCGGUUCUUUACGCGCUCAAAUCCAAGGAGAUUGAUGUACGAGGCGUUACUUAUCAAGGAGACGGAUGGUCCCAUGCAGCUUCGGCCCAGAAUCUUGUUGACAUCAUCGACGACAUUUAUCCUGGAAAGAAUAUUCCUGUAAUACUUGGCGCUGAUUAUAGCCUCUAUGAAACUGAUAGACACCCCAAUGCUUUAGGUACUCCAGGCUGUACUCACCAGAAAUCGGUCCCAGAAGGUGCAAACGGAAAACGCGAUACCGAUUUGCUGUUCGGUCUCAAUCGAAAACUCAGACUGUCAAAGCGGAUAUGGUAUGAUGCUAUUAAAGGAUUUAAUAUCACCCGAGACUUUGCUGGCCUCAUCGACUCUACGAUUAAACAAACUGGGAAGAAACCCACAAUCCUAGCAGGUGGUCCAGCUACCAAUCUCGCUAUACUUCUACGUGCCUUCCCAAAUUAUACCACAAAAAUCGAUCAAGUUUUUUGGAUGGCCGGAGCUUUAGAUAUUGCUGGAAAUCUAUUUAGUGUGCCAAAUAAUACUCGUGCUGAAUUUAAUGUUUACCUUGACUGUGUUGCUGCUCAAGAAUUACUUGCCGCUGAUCUGAAGAUCAAUUUGAUACCUCUUGACUUUACAGAUAAAACACCGCUCAAUCCUGCUUUCAUAAACAAACUCUCGACGCUCACAAGUUUUUAUGGAAAGUUUACGUAUGAACUCAUAUCCAUUAUUCGCGCGACAUGGUUUGGCGGUGAUCCUGGAUUCUUUAGUGGUUUUUUUCUCUGGGAUCCUAAAGCUGUUGCUGUCAUCAAAAAUAUUGGUAUCGCAAAGAUUGUACAAAAUCGCACAUUGACUGUUAUCUGUGAAGGAAACGAGAAUUACGAUGGUCAGUUUGUAGCUUCUCAACUCAUGACCAAAGCAGAUCUUAAAGUUGUCAUCGAACCUAUUGUUGGUAACCCUGUUGACACUUCUCCAUUCUUCGAAGAUUUCAUCAAUGUACUUAGAGAUUAA